GGUUACUAAACCAGCUUUUGGCCGCGGCAGGCAUGGCAGCGAAGGCUGCCGCCGCCGUCACCACCAUCGCCCACGUUGUCGUCGACGAGGACGAGCUGUUCGAGCUCGACAUCGCACUCCUGGACGGCCGCGACCACGACCACCGCCGCGGCGGCGGCGGCCGCCGUAGUAGUCCUGCUGCCGGUGCCGACGCCGACGCCGACGCGGGGCACGCCCUGCUGGCUAACUGCCUGCUGCCGCUGCGGUCGGUGAGCAACGCGGUGCCGGUGGUGGCGACGAGCGGCAGGCUGUCGUCGUCCCCCUUCUUCGGUCACUACAGCUCCAGCUCCAGGAGGCUCUUCACGCCACGCAGCAGCAGGAGGUUCCUUUUCCUUGGACGGUCCGCUGGGAGUUCUUCGGCGAGGCUUUGCUUCUCGAGCAGGGGCUUCGAAGCCAUGGGGAGCUACUUCCAGAGGUACUGACCGAGUUGUGAGAGAGACGUCGAUGGAUCGGGAAACAGCCUAUACACACUAAACUCUAUGUGUAAUUUUCAUUUGAUAUAGUUUUUUUUUAAAAUUUUUUUGCUCAAAUCGCACUGACUGGUUCAGUAGUCA